AAUCUCUCCAAACACAAGAAAGCCCCCCACGCCUCCGGCCCUCCUCGACCUUGCCGCACACCGCAACGAGCUUGAGUGAACUCUCUAGCCUAGGGUUUUCGACAGCGAUGGCGGGCAAGGGAGGGAUGGGCCUACCAGCGGCCAAGAGCACCGACAAGGACAAGGACAAGAAGAAGGCCCCCAUGUCCCGCUCCUUCCGUGCAGGACUCCAGUUCCCGGUGGGUCGCAUCCACCGCCAACUCAAGUCACAUGCCUUCGCGCACGGCCGCGUCGGCGCCACCGCUGUCGUCUACUCUGCCGCCAUCCUCGAGUAUCUCACCGCCGAGGUCCUCGAGGUGGCUGGCAAUGCUACAAAGGACCUCAAUCUGAAGCGCAUCACCCCGCGCCACCUGCAGCUCGCCAUCCGCGGGGACGAGGAGCUAGACACCCUCAUCAAGGCCACCAUUGCUGGUGGCGGCGUCAUCCCAUACAUCCACCAAUCGCUCAUCAACAAGACUGCCAAGGAGUGAAGGAGGGCACCCCCUUGUGCUGCUGCUUCUGUCUGACUAUAGUCAAUCUAGUUGUGUUGUUAAUUUAAGUUUUCAUCUGCUGGACAUGUUCUUGUUCCUGGUAAAAUUCAUAUGAAAUUCUCUUGUGCAUAUGAUUAAGUUUCUGAAGUGCUAAAUUCUAGUGGUUAAAUUGUUCAGUGUUCGGUUUUAUUUGGUCUUGUUUGGAACAACAUUUGGUCUAGCUGUCCAGCUACAUGUGAAAAUAAAGCUUGAACAAAACCAAAUGCAAACUUAUGUCGGACUUAUUUGUUCCUUAUUUGUCAUGGCUCCAUAUGGCUUAUGCUCUGUUCUACACUAUGUAGAUGAGUUGGAGCCGGUGAAGAAAAAAAGUUGCUUUACGGGUUCUAAACAAAUUUUGAGAGUAAAGGGGAAAAUGGUUCCUCAUUAGCCUUACCAAAUGGAGCCUCGGUAAUUCCCCAAGUGCUUCACCCCCAGGAGGAGGCAUGGGGGAACUUUGCAGCACCCUUGCAAGUCAUCCUUUAGGUGCUACCUCCACUAGUAGCCUGCAUCGGGCACGAGCUCCUUCCUUCAUUGAUCGUCCUCUUUCCCUUUGAGGUCCCAACCUCA